AUGAGUGUCACUGAUAGAUGCAUUGGAUUGUCAUUGCUAUUGUUUAGCAUUACUGUAUUUGUUUAUUAUACUGCUUGGGUUAUUCUUUCGCCAUUCAUUGAUAGCGAUCAUUGGAUUCAUCAAUAUUUCUUACCAAGAGAAUAUGGUAUCAUUAUUCCUUUGAUGUUGGUCGUUGUUGGUUUAACAGUUAUCGGAACAUUUUUAGGUUUGGUCAUGGUUAAAUCAAAAAAGAAAUAA